CAUGCACACACCGUAAACCGUGCACACACAUGCAAGUAUUCUUAAGACAUCGUUCGUGCACCGUUCUUGAAUGACAUGCAAUAUCCGGAUUCAAGUCCAAGAACAUAAACAACUCAACAUCAGAUGAAGGUGACGCCUGUCAAAAUCUGGAGACAAAAUAUUUUGGUGAAUAACAUUGAGAUGCUGCAGGCUCAUCCCUGGAGGAGGCCAUGGCUGAAGCAUAUCUCCAGCAUCUCGUCUUGGCUGGUGGCGACCUCGCGCAUGAAAUCUGUUCAGAAUAGGAGCACCCUCUACAUUCAGCCAUUACGAUGGCUAUGGCUGAGUAACAGACGCGAUGGCAGCAGGCAGGUCCGUACAAUACCUGUUUUGAAUGCGUAUCUCAUUGCUUCCAAUAGAACAGGAAUUAUACAGUAUUAUUUCAGUUUUGAACACAGAUCUCGAAGUUCCAGAGGACGGGAAACUCAACCUCGAGGCUAUGUUCUUAUGCAAUAG